UGUGAUCCGGCAAAAUUUUAAACCUUCCGACGGCGAGUAUGUCAAGGGACUAUACGAUUUCUUUCAAAAGGAUUCCAAAGAUCGCAUUGUUACCUUGCCUAAAGCAAGGGAAUUAGUGACGGGCCGGGCGUGGACUGCUUCGGAACUUCGUAGAAAGUCCUUCGAUGACUUACACAAAUUGUGGUAUGUUUUGCUCAAAGAGCGCAACCUACUUGCCACCAUGUACGAAGAGGCAAAACGUUUUAAUAAGUUAGAUAAUAGGUUGUGGAGAGAAAGACACGAUGAAAGGACUUUCAAGACACAAAAAUCAAUGGCCAGGAUUAAAUUUGUUCUGAGCGAAAGAAGGGUCGCUUAUGAAUAUGCAAGAAGGAAAGACCCGCAAUUAUUUGGAUUGGAUCAAGUUCCUAAACCACAAAAAUUUUAUAAAGAUGAUGGAAAACCAAACUUUUGGAAGGACGGGAUUA